GCGGACGAGUUGACAGCUGACGCGACUGCCAAGAUGCUGACGCUUUGGGUGACAAUUGCACUGCUGGCCUGUGCCACCAACUCGGGCGCGGGGCAACUUAUCUUUCAGACAACAACCACGCAAAGUCCGUUGGACACCAGCGGCUCGGUGCUCACCCCCGGUGCCGGCUGGGUGCUGGUCAACAAUGUGCGAAUAUCGAACGCCAUUACACCGUUCGUCACUCAGCCGCCGCGGACACAGCAGUUUGUGGACUGCUUCGGCAGCUGCCCCACAACGCCGGAGUACAACCCCAUCUGCGGCAGCAACAUGCAGCUCUAUCUCAAUGAACAGAAAUUCAAUUGUGCGCGAUUCUGUGGUGCUGAUAUUCAAAUAGUGAGGCGCGGCAGCUGCGAGGGUCUGUUUCAAAUGACACGCGGCUGACAUGACACUCCACACAACCGAUUACAAUAAUAAAUAAAGCGAAGAUGCAGUGCCAG